CAACCGUGACCUCUUUCGACGUGACCUUACUACGUACGUGUGUGUUGAAAACAGCCGAUCCGGCAUAUUUAUGUGGCGAGAAGCAGCAGAAUUUUCCAGUAUUUGUGUGUGAUCUUGGAGUACGAAGUCUCGAUCUGGAGUAUCACGUUUAUGUGAUGUUGAAGCAGCCGAGGUUCAUGUACUUGCAAAUGAUGCGUUGCUACGGAGAUCUACACAUCUGCAUGUGCAACAUGAACAGACCGGACCACGGGUGGCGACAUCAAACACGUUCUGCCGCGGAUCUAUGAUCUGUUGACUCCAAGCUUAACAAAUUACAUGUAGCUGUUGAACUGUACUGCAUCGUAAAAAAAAGUGCUUUCAUUCAAAGGAUCAACGUUAGUGGGCGUUAUUCUUUGAACAAAACUUUCAUCAAGCCACGAAAAGUGUCAAUCACCAAAUCUGUUGAUAGUACAGAGCUAAGUUUAAUUUAAAUUUGGACUCACAAAAUCACGCAUUCAGUCGUUGAACUACAGUGCAGCUUAAUAUAGGAACUUGCUUUUCUGCAUUCAUUACGUGCAGUUGUCAGUAAUCUUUGGAAGCAGAAGCUUUUUUAUAGUACUCAACUUUGUCGGAACUUUCUUCGUGGAGAAGUUGUCGACAUGUAUGCCAAAAUGUCAAACAGAAUCAUCAGCACGGUGCGGAGGUCCGUGGUGCUGUACUUGAUAGGCGUGUGCCUGGCGCUCAUUCUACACUUGCUUCAGAUCCAGCGCAACGUCACGCUGUUCCCCGUCGAAGUGAUCGGGAGCCUGAUGAAGUCGGAUUGGUGGGUGCCACCAGUCUGCGGAGCUGCUGCAGUGGUGGUUGGUCUACUCUACCCUUGCAUAGACACCUGGCUUGGCAAGUUCCCCUGCUACAGAGUGGAAUGGUCCAACGUGAUGCGGUGUCUAGCCGUCUUUGUGGGCAUCAACCAUGCCUCUGCUAAAAUCGAUUUUGCCAACAACCUGCAGUUUUCCCUCACACUGGCCGCCAUGUCCAUUGGUCUCUGGUGGCUCUUUGACCGAUCGCGGACCGGCUUCGGUCUGGCCCUUAUCGUCUCCUUUCUAGCCACAGUGGUCACCCAACUGCUGGUCUACAAAGGUUUCUACAGUUACACUGAGCCCGAUUUCUUGUACGUACGUUCCUGGAUACCCUGCGUGUUUUUCUCCGGCGGCGUUACCAUGGGGAACAUUGGACGACAACUCGCAGUGUAUGAAAUGGAAAAGGAGCAUAAAUUGUGAACCCAUCUAGUGAGACACUCAUGUACAACUGGCGAUAACUUUUGACAACUGCUUUUUCUUUGCCACGCCCUGUCAGCGUAAAUCUUUUUCCUUCUUUUUUUUGGCCUUCUUCAAAACCAUUAAAGCUUUGUUUUUCGCAUAUGGAGCAACCAUAUUGGAUCUGUUGCAACUGUAAACACUGCCGUGUAAGCAAAAGAGGAACGCUGAUAUUGAUGGAAAAAAACAAAACAAGAAUGGUCAAUGGCAAAAAACUGAAAAUGGCAAAAAAGUGGAUUUGUGUAGUAAACAUGUUAAAAACUACACAUACAUCGUGCUGCUUGUACAUAACCAAGCAUUAGGUUCGUUGUAAAUGCCGUCUGCAAUGCAACAAAAAUGCAUGCUACCCUCAUGCCAACAGUGUUUAUCUCAACUCACCCGAGACAACGACCUUCAAAAAUGGUCUGUGUCUGAAACUUGACCGUUUUGUUGUUGAGACUAAGACCUCCAAAAGAUAUUUGCUGUGGCUUCAAAAUGAGGGCGAUAUCUUCAACGGGACUUCUGCCAAGUGAAUCCUCCAGUGUUUUAACCGGAUUUACGACCUUUGACCCAUGAUGCAAGAUUUGACCUGUGGAUAUGACCCGAGCAGUGAACAUGUCUAAAAUGAAUAUCCUUGGGUGUUUGUUUAGGAGCGUUUGACCUCAAGGUUUCAAGGUUUGACCUUUGGAUAUGACCUCUUGACCUCUUUCCAGCAAAUGCAAAUUCCACGGUUCAUGUGGAUGCUGUAUCGACUCUUAACAUUGAAAUGCGACCUUUUCUUGUAAAAAGAAAUGACCUCUCUUGAGAAAAGGUCGUGAUUAGGACUCUGUAGGUCAUUGUUGUUGACCUCAUGACCCAUAAAUAUGAAUGUCUGAUUUCAAUUUGUUGCAUCAGAUUUGUCAAGUUAACACCAGUUCAUACUGCGAAUGCGAUGGGAAUUUGACGUCGCAAAGCAUUGUCUACGAAAUUCGCCAGAGUUGAAAUGUGUUCAACUUCUGCGAAUUCGCGACGCGAAAAACUUGUCCUUACGUUACAAAUUCACAUUCGCGAUCACUUUUGCGCCGAGCAUGAACCGGCCAUUACGCAGAAGCUUCAAAGUUUUAAUUAGAAAUUGAUCCAUAUUUUGAAAUUUUUCCUCCACGUUGGGCUUCCACAUUUAAUAAGGCUGUGUUAAACUGUGAUUGACAAAAUUGGUAUGUAUUGAUCUGAUUCUAUUUUAAAAAACGCGCUGAAUGUGACAUUGCAGUAUUAGAGAUUUGACAAGAUAUAACCAGAUUCAACUUUUUUAAAAGAAAAUUCCUUAUUCACAUCAUAUUAUUAAAUGGCAUACAUACAAACAAGAACAUUGAUAUCAAAAUUAGGGAAAAGAGCAGUGCUAAAAUAGUUUGGUUUUUCAAAAAUAUUCACGUGUUCAUUCUCAACUUGAAAGUUGUUACAUUCGUAAAUAUGUUUCUGUUGGUUAGGUAGCCAAUUUUAAAAUAUAGAAAUUUUUGGGACACAAAAACAUUACCUUGGUUUAAGCGUGAGACCGUUAUUAAAAAUAUUUAAUUACUAUUUUAAUAAUGUCACCCUAUAAUCACAAUACAUUUUACAAUUCGUUAUUGCCAACCGGGGCAAGUGAAAAUUAUGAUAAAAAUCUAGAAAUGCAAUGAUACACAGUUUUGAAGUAGAAUACCAAGCAAUUUCCACAUGUGAUUUCAAUAGUUUGGCUUUAAAAGUUUACAAAUGUCAUUCGUUAACAAGUUAGAGCAACUUGUCUUCAUGUUGUUAAUUUGAUUGUUAUUUUCAUGAAUUGUCAAACACUGGCUUGCAAGUUUCAACUUUAGAGCCUAUCAACCGAAAUAUUUGCCUUUUAUUUACGUUCUGCAAGUGCCUGUACUUCUGAAUGGGCCGGACUUACAAAGAACUUAGGUAUUCAAUUUUCAUGUGACAAAUAAGUUCGCUCAUACCCCCGCCCUGCAAACAGGGCACUGGGAUACUCUGAUGAGCUUCACAGAAUCUUGUGAAAGAAGUGGCCUAUGACCUAUGUAUAAAGCAUCUGGCUGCAGCUGCUCAAGACCGCAGUUAGACAAUGUGCGCAAAUGCUAUCCGAAAAACUUCCCAUAGAAAUGCGUACAUUCAAUACCGGAUGUGAUUUCUGUUUCAUUGCGGACUAUGUGGACAAAAUUGUGCGUGUCGCAUAAUGCAAUCCAACCAUGAUCCGACCGUUGGUGAUUCGAAACGGAGCCUGAGCAAGUGAUGGGAAUUGUAAAUUUACAACACAAGUUUUACAGAAUUUCCUACAUUAUGACGCUUUUCAACGAAAAAAAACCCCAUCUCUAAACUGGAAUAAAAGAGUAAUGACUCCGUCUUAACGGCCGUUUCAAACCUUGCAGAGUCAUGACCGUGAUGACGCACAGGUCACGCAAAAUCCAACCAAUCAGAGCGUGAAUUCAUCAGAGUAUCCCAGCGUCCUGUUUGCAGGGCGGGGCUUACGAGCGAAACAAAUAAGCACCACAAUGUUUUGUCAUCUUAACACAAAAUAAAAUAAAAAUCAUUCAAAGGGCUAUUUCAUUUCAAGUCCAAUAAUCAUUUAGUCCAUUUUCAAGUCAGAUUGUAUAAAUAAAGUUAUCCACAUAUAAAAGGUACCACUUUUUUCUGCACAUUUUGAGGGAAUUAAUAAAGCUUUUUUGGAAUUUUUUUCCUUUCAACUCAGAACUUUGAAAGAAAAAGUCCAAACAAUCAUUGCUUACCUUAAGUUUUUGUUAAAAUAAAAGGUGGUUUAAUUUUAAAUAUCGUUCAAAAUACUAUUUAUGUUAUUUAGUUUUAAGUGUUUUUGUAAAUUUCCCAGAAUUUUGAAAAACGAAUCACGCUCCAUGUUUCUGUUCUUAGUUGGUGUUGAAUUUUGGUAGUUGGGGAUUAAAUUCAUAGUUACUUCAUUUUGGUUUUUUUUGCUUCAGAUCUGGAAUCCAACUCCGAGAUUGUUUGUACAUAUAUUGUAAAUAUUAAACUUUUUUUCUGGAAACAUUUUAACACUUAUUCCCAAAACCUUAACAUAAUGUGUGAUAUUAAUAAAGAUGUGCAAUUGAUAACAAAUAA